UGGCUAUAGCAUCUAGUUCAGGCUGACUUUAUGUUUGAUGGCGAAAACGCUGGGCAGGUUUUGCUGCUCGUUUUCCUUUCCAUUUUGUUUGUAACACCUUCCCUGCCUUCCCUGCCUGCCUCCUGCCCAUCUCUCGGGAACAGGAUGAUGCGUUUGCAAGUGUUCCUUCUUCACCUUUGAUGCUCGGAGGCAAACGAGCAUCUGGACGGACGGAACUGAUGGUGCUGGUCCCAGGGCCCAAUUUACUGACUGAUCAUACACAGAACGGACGGACGGACGGACGGACGGACAGCAAAUCAGGCAGGCCAAGAGGCUUUUCUCAAGAGACAACGUCACUCUGGGUCAAAACAUGAAGAUUUGGAGCACAGAGCAUGCUUUCAGUUACCCGUGGGAGACGGUGAUCAAGGCCGCCAUGAGGAAGUACCCUAACCCCAUGAAUCCGCACGUGGUGGGCGUGGACGUGCUGGAGCGCCGCCUGGAUGCGGAAGGACGCCUGCACAGCCACCGACUCCUCAGCACAGAGUGGGGCCUGCCGGCCAUCGUACGAGCGAUACUGGGAACCAACCGCUUGCAAACCUACGUCAAAGAGCACUCCAUCGUGGACCCCGAGGAGAAGAAGAUGGAGCUGUGCUCGACAAAUAUUACCCUUACCAAUCUGAUCUCGGUGGAUGAGAGGCUCCUUUACGCACCUCACCCAGACAACCCUGAGGUCACCAUUCUGACGCAGGAGGCCAUCAUUACAGUGAAGGGAGUGAGCUUGAGCAGCUACCUGGAGGCUAUGAUGGCGAGGAGGAUGUCUGCUAAUGCCAGGAAGGAUAUCUUGAGCGAGUGCUUUGGACGAAUGCAUGAAGGAAGGAAGGAAGGAGUCUUUGUGGACUGGGCACACUGCACACAGCCUUGCUUCCCAUACCAGUGGAGUGAGUACUGUACAUUUACAAAUAUGCUGGUUGUUGUUGAGCAAGUUGAGCAACCUCUGCUCCAAUAGAGGACUGACUGUGUGCGCAACACAAUAAAAGACGACAAAAGGCA